AGACAUAAAGAAAGUUGUAGAAGGGAGGCAAAAGAGUACUUAGACAUCGUUUGGCAAUGUCUAAUCCAGGUAUUACACAGAACAAGAUUCGUAAAGUAGACGGCGUUGAUGGCACCGAUGGAGCCAUGCUUCAUCAAGAAAUUAUUGUUGAGAUCGAUCAGGUUCAAAACCAGAUCGACGGACUCAACGAAGAAGCAUCUGAGGAAAUACUCAAAGUUGAACGAAAGUAUAACCGGAUGAGAAGACCUCAUUUUGAACAAAGAACRGAGUUAAUCAAGAAAAUACCGCACUUCUGGUUCACUGUUUUUUCAAACCAUCCCCAGACAAACUCUUUGCUAGACGAAGAAGACGAAGGAGCRUUAUACCAUAUGACGUCAUUAGAAGUGGAAGAAUUUGAGGACAUCAAAUCUGGAUAUAAAAUCAAAUUUGGAUUUGAAGAGAACCCAUACUUUGAAAAUCAAGUUAUAGCCAAAGAGUUUAUUUUAAAUGAAAAUGGUGAACAGUCAUCAAGAUCUUCUCGUAUUGUCUGGAAGCCUGGAAUGGAUUUAACACAAAGAUAUAAACAACAUAACAUGAUGAAAGGUCUUAAACGUGCACACCAACCUGAGAGCUUCUUUAGUUGGUUUUCUGACACUGGUGAUUCUAAUGAUGAACUUGGWGAAGUCAUUAAGGAUGAUAUCUGGCCRAACCCUAUUCAAUAUUAUCUGGACCAGAAUACAUCAAAACUUGAAGACAAUGAUGAAGAAGAUGACGAGGAAGAAGAAGAGGAAUAUGAGAUUGAAGAAGGUGUCGAGGAUGAUGAUUCAGAGGGCUUGGAGGACGUGGGAGAUGAAGUUGUGGUUGUUGGAGAUGAUGAAGAUGAUGAAGAUGUGGAUGACGAAGASGAAGAGGAAGAAGAGGAGGAAGAAAUUGAAGAUGCUGUUGGAGAAGACAGUCGAGACACUGACCUUGGAGAUAAAGAUGUGGUAUAUGAAGAUGACGAUGAAGAAGACGAGGAAGAAGUUGAGGAAGAUGAUUUAGAAGAUGAGACUGCAAAUCCCAACUUACAGGAGAAAUCAGAAGAACAGUUACUAGAAGAAGAAGAUGAGGAAGAGAUUGAAGGAGAAGAGGAYGACGAUGAGGAGGAAGAAGGCGACGAUGACGGAGCUGCYGCUGGAGAAGACUGAUACCAYRUGUAAUUGAUAAAUAUUUGUACUAUAAUUCUACCUUAUAUCUGCUGUAUAUUGUGUAUAAACACUGAAAUGGUAGGAGUAUUAUAUAGCCUGAUAAGAUUAAAGUCAGGCYGGGAGUGGGCCCAUACAUAACACAGGCAGCCCACUCUUGAUGGAGUUGUUUAACURUUUGCUGGAGAAUUGCAAUGGGCAUGAUUUUUUGAUGAGUUCUUUCUUACUCAGUUUUGUACAAUAUAUAUCUGAAAAACAUUUGUUGUAAGAUGUUGCACAAAUUAACUUUAUCUGCAAAACAUGAUUCCAAAUUGUGCAUUUUUUUGAARCGUUUUUUAUGAUAUAAUGAGGYAUAUGAUAUUGGGCUGCCUGUGGAGAUAUAUCAAGGUWAWUGUUUGAUAAUGGGCUUCCUGUCUCAUAGACAGUUUAAUUACAAAGGGAUCCCAAAAUCAUACAUUAUCAUUCACAUAAAGGAUUCAAUCAUGAAUAUGCUAUUUCUUUAGGUACUUAUAGUACUAAAAUGUUAUCUAACUUAUUAAUAUAUCUCUCCAAUCUUUUGCUACUUUUGGUACUCUCUGCUUUCUUGUAGACAGUAAUUAGACAGGCCGUAAUUAAGUCAAACAAAUCACAAAUCUUAACAAUUCUCUGUCCAAAGGUAACUUUGCAAUGCAUUGAAGUGAGUAGACUGGUGAGCAUGCUAUCWUAGAUACCUUCUGCAACCUUGUCCAUAAGGACCUGCUCUUCUCUAUUUUUAAGAAGGUGGACGAUUCAAGGAACCAACAUAUCGAAAAUAGCAAAGAGCAAGGGACGGGGUUGUACCUUCUGCAGACAGGUUUCUGGCAUUGUAAGUUCAUUGGUUGUGUCACUUCAAUGCUAAGGCACAGCUAACUAGUUUAAGUCUUGCAAAGGGAUUUGCAAAGGAGAUGAAAAAGAAGUAUGUGCAUUGCAUUGUGCUCAAAGUCUAAAACUGUAUCAGAAAUGUUUCUUUUAAAAAAUGAUCAUUUUUUUCAUUCUAUUACCAUACAUGUACUUAGCAAUGCAGUUUGGUUUACUURAUUUUGACAAAAUUGUUUUUGAUGCCAAAUUUUGGAAGGUCAUAAAUAUGGAGCCAUGUCCAAGUAGAUCUUUUASGUAAAUUAUAAUUAUCAUAAGAACAAUCACUCUAUUAUUUCCCAUAAAAAAAAACAGUCAUAGCUGUUUAUAACGUAAUUUCGUACAUCAGUUAAGAUCCCUUUUCAAUUAUUUUACUAUCUAAGUUAAAAAAGCUGCAAUCUUGCCCGAAUGGUUCUUAAUUGUGACCGAAAUGCAUCGAUUGAUAUAAUUACCGUGCGCUUGCAAUARCCAUUAGUCAUUUUGCUCAGGAUAUGCGUUUGUAGUUAACCCUGCAUAUAUACUUUUUUUAGAAAGCUGUAAAAGAAUUUUGAAUCUUAUAAUCACUUAGAAAUUUGAUUUAGCAAUUUGGAACCUGAUUUCUUACAUUAAAAAGUACUUUUUCAAGA